GAAGACAGGAGAAGAGAGGAGCCCGCUCCUUGGGAGGAAGUGGCCGCAGUGCGGGCUUCCGAACCCUCAGAACGGGCAUCGGACCUGCCGGGUAAAGAAGGAGAUAGGGGGUCACCCGUCUCCAUUCCCUCCAACAGGUCCAGCUAUGAACCCCAGGAAUGCAGUGCCCACUCCGCCUCGACGGAAGCGGGACCAACACCCUGGGGAACGCUGGUGAAGGCUCCCUCCUCAAAGAGAGCCUUCCGGGAGCGGAGCACCCGCAAAGGAAGUGCUUCACAAUGCGGGCAUUUUGUUGUGACACAUGCACUACAGUCAAGGGAAAAUGCUGAAAGGUUACAGACCUACAGUCUCUGCGACCUGGUGAAGUCCAUCAACAUCCGCUGCAUAACCGCCCUGCUGUGCCUGAUCUGGGCAGCUGUUUCAGUUGGAUACUCUGCCUUGUCUUUAAACACUUCUAGUCUGCAUGGAAACAUCUACCUGAACUGCUUCAUCUCAGCAGUUGUGGAAGUGCCUGCCCUUAUCAUAGCCUGGCUGAUGCUCCGCUGCUGGCCAAGGCGUCCCAGCUUGUCUUCCACCCUGUCUUUAGGAGGACUGGUUCUUCUCUUUGUACACUUUAUUCCGCAACAUAUGAGCUCCAUUGCCAUUUCACUGGUGAUGCUGGGAAAGUUCGGUCUGUCAGCAGCAUUCGCAAUCGUGUACCCUGCUACUGCGGAGCUUUACCCCACUGUACUAAGGAACACGGCUUUAGGAGUCUGCUCAAUGGCAUCCAGAGUCGGUGGCAUAAUGGCACCAUACUUCAUCUACUUAGGAAGCUAUUACAGGUCUUUGCCAUACAUCUUAAUCGGAAGUCUGAAUGUUCUCUCCGGGUUAUUCAGUCUUCUGCUACCAGAGAGUCUUGGAUCACCUUUACCAGAGACUGUCAGUCACAUGCAGGUGGUACCUGGGCUCAGAAAAAUACAUUCUUGGAGGCCAACUGAUAGAAACUGUGAAGAGGAGCAUAGAUCUGAAUGCACUAUAGAGAGAUUUUAAAAAGUAUGUGAGAUUUAUUCCAUCUCUCCAAGGCUGUAACCUGUCUUGCCAUUUGGGGGGUUACAUUACAAUGUAAUGGUCGUUUUGAUUCUCAAUGUAAUAAAGGCCCACAUUUUAAUAUUUUUUUUAAUAAUGUUUUUAUGUAAAAUUUGUUCAAGGUAAUUUUUGUUAGGAUAUUUGGUCCUAAAUAUGAUAAAAGACAAUGUAGAGUAUGAAAUAAAGUUUGGCUUUUGGCACAACUUGUCAAAAAUGCUCUGUCUCAUUUUGUCUCUCUCACACCCUGCGUCCCAUUGUUCAUGGUAACCCUAACCCUAACCAUAGGUUAGGGGUCAAAAAGCCCAGAGGUCAGACAAUGUCCAACCCCGGUUAGGGUUUCUGAGUCAAGUCAAGUCACCUUUAUUUAUAUACCGCCUUUAACAAUACAGAAUUGUGACAAGGUGGCUGUACAGUAUUAAAUAGGAAAUGGCACAUCAACAAUGCCAAGGGUAACCGUAAAUACUCAAUUUUCAGGUAAAGGUAGUUAAUCAAAUACAGUAAAAUAAAAUACAAUAUUGUGUG